AUGUCCCUACUUAAGGCAUCAAUAGUGCCAAUGUUAGCUUUAGUAAUCACAAUAUGUGCAUCCUCGGCGUAUGCGGACUUGUUAGUGCAGUUGAAUGUGAAUCGGCCCUUGAACGAUGUGAAUGAGAAAUUUGUUAGUUUUACUGUUAAUCCGUCGGACUUAUAUCAUGCGCUCGAUGGCUUAAACAGGAAAAGUCUUACGCAAAUGGCCACAAUGCUGGGCACUUCGUAUGUAAAAUUUUCGGAUGAUUAUAAUUUCAUACCAGAUACCGAUACGAAAUAUCGAAAUCCGACAAAAACUAUAUGGAAAGGAUUCAAUCGCUGGACGAGUGCCGUCAACUGGACCAUGAUUAUGCCACUGCCAUAUGAAGCUGGCGAAUGGGAUCCCAUGCAGUCGCUGAGAAUAUUGAACAACUCUUACACAACGGGUAUAACCGAUUGCAUAUGGCAGCUUGGUACAGAGUUCGGCCCUAGUGUCUCGGAGUACUUCAACGACUUAAAUACAUUAAGUUUGAUGGUGGAUACAUUUGGUCCCUAUGUUGAUGAUUGGGAAGUUAUCGGCGCUGAAAUGCCUUCGGGCAGCACAAAUGAAGAUAUACGACGUUAUAUCGAGUACAGCAAGGACUUGAAUGCGGCCUUCAAUUGGUUACAACCCGCAGAUGCUUCGACUUCAAAUGCUUUGUUUGGCACGGUCUACGAAAGCGAUCGAGUUCUGCGCGCCAUGUUCAAUGAAAAAGUACCAGUUUGGUUAAACUUCAUGCCCAAAGAGAGGACAAAUAAGUCAAAAUGGGGAAGCAGCGGUACUACUGACGGUAGUGAAACAACGGAGGAUAUCACCGAAGUGCUACGUUGGGCACAGACGCUUGGCGAAGCGGCAAGCUCGGGUUUUGAUGCGGUAUUCCGACGCAUGGAACUAGAUGAUUUGGAGCGCCCUAGUCAAAGUUUCUUUGCAACUUUGGUAUUCAAGAAAGUGAUGGGUUCACGUGUAUUUCCCGCACGCCCCUUUACCAUAUUUUUGCGCAGUAACAAGCUCUACACGCACUGUGCAAAUACAGUAUCGGGCGGCAUAGCCUUUAUGAUAGUCAAUCCCGAUGAUGAAACCAAACAAAUAUCCAUUAGGUCCGCUACAAAGCUAUCGGGUGAGGAGUACUGGCAAUAUAUUUUGACAUUCAAGAAGAAUCAUACCUAUUUGAACAAUGAUAAGUUAACACUAAACUCAACGCUGCCACCACAAAUUAAGACGAAGAGUCCAAAUAAGUCGAUACAAUUGAAUUCACCUGGGAAAUCCAUUGGCUUCUGGGUAUUACCAAAUGCCGACCUGGAGCAUUGUCAGUUUACAGAGAUUGAUAUUGACGAAUUGGAACGGGGUUCGGAGGAGGAAAAAGUGUUGCAUAAACAAAUUUCGUCGUCGGAUAAAUUGUUGCAACAACUAAUACAGGAAACAGCGCUACCCGACGAUGCUAACAUGAGAAAUAAAUACCGCGGACGUCGCUAUGCCACACGUGCCCGUCAUGUUGUGCUGAAAGACAAAGACGAACAUAUAGAAUCUUUGGCCAAACUCUUUGAGCCGCUCUCUCUCGAAGAAAAGUCGCCGAAAAAGCGUGAGGAAGCGAUUGAGGAUCGACGCGCAGCAACAUUGAAAUGGAUUAAGGAUUUGUUGAAUACUGCUAUGCAGGAUGGUGACGAUUUGUUUUCAUUGAAACGAAAUACACGUAGUGUCGAUGAUUAUUUUGGCGCUAUCUUCGGUACGAAAGGUGCCCAAAAAAGAUCACCUAUAGUUAAGAAAAUUACCGAAAUUCGUAAACCAGAAAAGAAAUUCAUUAAACCAGCUUACGAUCCAGCGCAUUUCAAUGAGGAGGAGUUUUUUAAUAAAAUGGGUACCGAAGACGAACCCGAACUGCCACGUGUACCCGAAGGUGAUGUACACCUAACGCAUAUUACCAAUGUGGAGGGUGAAGAUGUUAAUGAAUCGAAAGAGCGGGGGCAGAAGAAACUAGCAACUAUGAAAAUACAAGGAACAAUUGGUAAAGAGACAAGAAAUGAAAUGAAAGAGACACGAAACGAAAUGAAACCGGUACGCUUACUGCCCACCGAGUUCUACGAGGCAAUGCCAGUACGGAGUUCGGAACAUAGUCAAUUCAGGAAGCCGCACAAAUGGAACGCACUAUUAUUUCCCGAGCCUUUUACGAAAAAAUCAGUUAUUAACGACAAGAAAUUGAAAAGUAACACGCUCGGCGAAUCUACUGAUUUCCACGACGCCGAUGCUGAUGUGGAAAAAGUGCACACAGCGCAAAUUCAAAGCGGUGGUCAGCUAGCUGAAGACUUUCUGCGCGCACAAGAAGAACUGGCACGCACUUUCCUGCGCGACCACGAGGACAAAGAACAAGUCGAGAAGAGCAACAAAAAAGAGCUGAACGAAAGACAUCCCGAAAGUGAGGAUGUGAUGCUGGAGAAAAUCAAAUCAUUACGCAAUAAAUAUAUUGAUUACUUGGCGGAGAAUUUGGAGAACUACUUCAAUGAGCGUGGUAUUGUCGGGCAUUUGGAUAUGCAAAAGAGUUUAGAGCGCGCCACUGCUCCCUCGACAACGGAGGCACCUUGGUGGAAUUUGAGUUCGCUGCGUAAACGACGAUCGCCACGCGCUUUGCAUUAUCAAAUGCCUGACGAUGCAUGGCUGACAAAUAUGAUCACCAAAGACGAAGAGUUGCUGCCAUUGGGAAGCAUAAUGCCCGAACGUUUGGUGGAGAACGAACGAGCUGCAGGAGUUUCAAACCAUUUACCAAUGCAUGACGAAAUAAGUAACAAAAAAUAUAACGGUUAUUUAAGAACAGUCAAAGAUAAAGUUAAUAAGGUCGUAGACAUAGUGACGAAGCAUGUGAGCGAGUGGUAUAAUACAUUCACGAAGCCUGUGGCCGAUGCACAGGAUGAGUCGGAUGGCAACCGACUGAAAAUAACAAGAGGAAAGAGAAGGUAUUGA